GACCGUACUCGUAGUCAGGACCUCAGCAAUUCUGUCCCCGCUGAGUCAUUUCGUGAACUCUCUACAGGAACGACUGUCUUCCUCCUAAAUGGUAUGCCUAGGGGAGACUACAGAGGUUGUGACAUUCGGACAAAUACAUGUAUCAAUCUCUCAGCUGAUCGAAUUCGAGGAUACAGCUUGGAUACAGGUAGAGGAGAGGUUUUUGCUACGAGGUUUAAAUGAGGAACUCGAGCUAUAUGAUCUAGUUAGUCUGGAUGCUCCUGGUGAGUUAGAUGAGUCUUUGGACAUGGACACUUUCGAGGAGUCUGUGCUGACUUCGGCACCAUGAUUUUUGGGAUAUAAUUUAUGUAUUUCAUGUAAUAUAGAUACACACUAUCUGUAUAAAUAUGCCCUCUUCGCUUUU